UUAUAGGAGGUAGACAGUGGAAUAACCGGAGAAGAACCUUAGAAUUAAAUUGCACUUGAUCCAGCCCAUUUGCACGUUCCACAUGCGGUUUCACUUAACUCACUUGCGCCUAGAUUUAGCACAUGCUUGCAUGAAAAUAGCAACAAUUUAUGACCUUGUCCAUUGAUGCUGCAUGUAACGCUAGCACUCUUAAAAUAGGGUCCCUCAUCUCUGAGUUGUUUUGUAUUUGACAGGAAGGUAUUGGUCUUGAUGCCAUUAAUGAUGCUUUUCUCCUGGAAGGGGCCAUCUACCGUCUUCUUCGCAGACAUUGCAGAGGACAACGCUAUUAUGUCCAUCUGCUGGAGCUUUUUACUGAGGUAAUGUGUUCAAAAUAUAUGAUCAGUUAGAUCAAUGUAACACAUGACAUGUACACACAUUUGAACGUACUAUUGCACACAGUUAGCUUGCUCAUACAGAUGUGCAAAAUACUGUUAUGCAGUGUCCAUCACACAGCUGCAUAUUGUUUAAUACUGAUCCAAACUGAUACAACUUUACAGACAGCACAUUUUAAAACUUGGAGACAUAAGUGCACUUAAACCUGAAUCUUUUUAUUUCAAGACCUCUUUCCAGACAGAGUUGGGGCAAGCUCUAGAUCUAUUGACAUCACCUCCACUCAAAGUCGACCUUGACCGCUUCACCAUAGAGAGGUACAAACCCAUUGUGAAAUAUAAGACGGCAUUCUACUCCUUUUAACUUCCUGUGGCUGCAGCCAUGUACAUGGCAGGAAUUGAGAAUGAGACUGAACACAACAAUGCUAAAACAAUUUUGCUUGAGAUGAGAGAGUUCUUUCAAAUACAGGAUGACUACCUUGAUUGCUAUGGUGACCCUGCAGUGACUGGAAAGAUUGGCACAGAUAUCCAGGACAACAAAUGCAGCUGGCUGGUGGUGAUGGCUUUGAAGAUCAUGACCCCUGAGCAGAAGGCAGAACUAGAGGCAUGUUAUGGUCGUAGUGAUGCUGAAAGUGUUGAAAGGGUCAAAGCAUUGUAUGAUACUCUGGAAAUGCCAAUCCGAUACUACCAACAUGAGGAGAAGAGCUAUCAGCGCCUUCAAAAACUCAUCCAGCUUCAUGCUAAGAAUUUGCCCCAUGCUGUUUUUCUUAAUUUUGCCAAGAAAAUAUAUAAGAGGAACAAAUGAGGAGAGGUUCUGCUAAAUUGGGACACACACUUGGUCAAAUAAAUUUGCUGUGAGGGAUAUUAGUGGUUGACUAAAUAUGGGAAUGGUAGGUUUUAUCUGCACUUUAAAUAUAUGCUCAAGAGUUGUUCAGUAAAAAUAUGCCAUAAUGAUUUCAAUCAUAUUCUGGAAGUUUCUUUAAACCUGAAAAAGCAGUUAUACAUUUAAAGACUAUACCUGGAUCAUAAACCUUUGUUUUAAACAAGAUUUCUUGGGCGUCACGCACUGUCUGUCUCACUGAUUUGGAUCCUGCUCAUUGUCUUCAUCACUGUUUUAAAUGUUACUGCUGGAUUAUAGAAAGACAGCAAUGUGCUUUUAAUAAAGAUUUUUGAUCAGCAAUCAUUUCACUUCUACUUUAUUGUUAGAGGUGUUCAAAUGAGUGUUUGUAUAAAAAACAAGUUUUCUGUGGACUUGUGGCCCUUACUCUGCACAUGAAAUGGGAGAGUGGGGUAAGAUGUGAUGACCCCUUAAUCGAGGAAUCAUUGCAGAAAUGUUGUCAUGUGGUUAUAUAUUUAGAUUAGAACGCAAAUGUAUUAGUUCUACUUCGAAUUCAUAUCACACGUUGGUGA